GAAAACAUCCGGAAGUGAGAGCGGUGUAAAUGUACAGCAGUGUGAGGCAACGGAUUCGGCUCUGUAUCUCUCUCACACGAGCUUUUUUUUUUUUUUUUUUAACAAAUCUGGCCAUCAUUUGAACCUACUUCACUUAUCAGUAUGUCCGUCUUGUGUUAUAAUAAGGGAUGCGGACAGCGGUUUGACCCAGAAAACAACCCAGACGAUGGCUGCACCUAUCAUCCAGGAGUCCCAGUAUUCCAUGAUGCAUUGAAGGGAUGGUCUUGCUGCAAGAGAAGAACUACCGACUUCUCAGACUUCCUCAGCAUUGCUGGCUGCACAAAAGGUCCCCACAACAAGGAGAAGCCCCCUGAGCCAGUGAAACCAGAUGUGACAUCAUCGGGAGAAAAGAAAGACGUGGAUGACCAAAAAUCAAAGUUUAACGAGUAUAUCAUCUCGGCACCUAAACCUCAGGAGGCGAUAAAAAGACCAAGCGCUGAUGAGCCGAUGGUGAGAUUGCAGCAUAAAGUCUCUGGUUCUCUGAAGCAGGCUCUGGAGAAACUGAAGCUUUCUGAAAACGAGGAAGAGAAAAAAGAGGAAGACGGUGACGAGAUCAAGAUUGGAACAUCCUGUAAGAAUGGAGGUUGUCUUAAGAGUUUUGACGGACCUGCAAGCGAUUCGGACGUGUGCUCAUACCACUCUGGGUUUCCUAUCUUCCAUGAAGGGAUGAAAUACUGGAGCUGCUGUAAGAGGAAAACCUCUGACUUUAACACCUUCCUCUCUCAAGAGGGCUGCACCAAGGGAGCACAUCUAUGGAGGAAAAAAGACUCAGGUAAGAAAGUGGUUCCGUGUCGGUUUGACUGGCACCAGACCGGAUCGCAGGUCAUCAUCUCCAUCUAUGCCAAGAACUCCAUCCCGGAGCUCAGCUACGUGGAUGCAAACAGCACCACGCUCAACAUCCAUGUUAUAUUUGAGGGAGAGAAGGAGUUUGAGCAGAAAAUUAGCCUGUGGGGAGUGAUAGAUGUGAGUAAGAGUAUAGUAAACAUGAUGGCCGCCAAGAUCGAGAUAGCCAUGAAGAAGUCCGAGGCGAUGUCAUGGGCUCGUCUGGACCUCCCUCCCCCCGUCCCCCCACCCAAGGAGCCCGAGAAGAAAGAAGAGGAAUCAGAUAGCGAGGAUGACGAAUGAUGAGGAAUUGAAAUAAAAACAUUGUGUUUAUUUUAGCUGAAUUCAAGCGACACGGUCCAUUCCUUACCUCUUUUAAGAGUCACCUCUUUUGCUGUCAUGGGACUUCAGCCUCGACAGGGGUUUCAUUUUUGAUUUUUGUUUGUUUUUCUUAAGUUUUGUUCCAUUUUUUAUUGGUCAUUAUGUAGGUUGGAAGUAUAUUUACAGUAAUUUUUCACACAAGCACAGACUGGGUAGGAGGGGAACACUGACUUUUCGUUGGCUUUCAAUCAAGUUGAACGAUGAACCACUUGUUAAUUGCACUGAAAUCCCACCGGACAAUGGACCCAAACAAAAAGAUACGAGUCAGAUGUAGACCCAUGAGGCCUUUCGUGUGUACUCCUCGUUGUACUGGACAGUUAUAUGACCAUUUCUGGAAAAGACUCAUUCCAUCCGUUUCACAAAUUGUAUAAAUGAUUGCAUUUUGUCCACCAGUCAGAAUGCUGUCCUCACAGAUGUAUUCCCAUGCCUGUGGUAAUGAAGCUGCUCUAUGUAGAUAAAGUAGGAAAUUUGGAACUCUAAAAUGUCUGCAACUGUCUGUGGAGUUUAUUCUGAAUAAACUGUGUUAUAAGAAAGAAAAAGUUCACUGGGACUUCAAAAUGAAAUGUUUAACAGCAGACAAUCCCACAUUUUUGCAGUUAAAAUGAUAAAUUUGCUCUAUAUUUGUUUGUUUUUUUCCCCUCACAAUUAUACCUAAUGUGUUUUUAGUACAAGCUUCCAAAUAUUCAAUGCUGUAUUUAUCUCGACACAACAUAGCGCAAUUUUUAAUAAUAACAAUGUACUGUAACUUCUGAGAAUGCCUAUGGAGAAAGUACUGUAUUGAAAAAAUGCUAUACUAGGCAGCAUGUCUCAAGGCUUCGAAUGUAUGUGUUUAGUUGUGGCUGAAUGAGGGUGAAAUUAUUAGGGAACCAAUAUAUCUUACCAAAAAUAAACGUUUUUUUUCCUGUUGGACUUGUAAAA